CAAGAGCCAAGAGGCCAAGCAAGACCCGACCCCAACAUCCAUCUCAUCGACACCCCCUCCGCCUCCGCUCUCCUUAUCCCUUCCCUUCGCAUAAACCCCCGCCGCCGUGACCCCGCCCGCCCGCUCGCCGCCUUCCCCUCGCAGCGACCCGGCCCUCGCUCUAGGUUUUAACUGCCGGCCCCGCGUCUCCAGGUAAAGGGAAGGGAGAGGAUGGCGUCGCCGAUACCGCGCGAAUGGGCCGGUCUGCAGCAGUUUCCGGCGGCCACCCAGACCAAGCUGCACGAGCUCCUCGGCAAACUCAAGGAGGAGGAUGUGAGCACAUUAACAAUUCUGGUGAUGGGGAAAGGUGGAGUGGGGAAGUCAUCCACUGUUAACUCCAUCGUCGGGGAGAGGGUCACCACUGUCAGCGCUUUCCAGUCUGAGGGUCUGAGACCAACGAUGUGCUCGCGCACAAGGGCAGGGUUCACCUUGAACAUUAUCGACACUCCUGGGCUCAUUGAAGGUGGAUACAUUAAUGAGCAGGCUGUUGACAUCAUUAAGAGAUUUCUUCUAGGCAAGACUAUCGAUGUUCUCCUGUACGUGGAUCGCUUGGAUGCGUAUAGAAUGGAUACACUGGAUGAACAGGUCAUAAGAGCCAUCACCAAUUCAUUUGGAAAAGAUAUUUGGCGAAGAUCAUUGGUUGUGUUGACCCAUGCUCAACUCUCACCACCUGAUGGAAUCGACUAUAAUGAUUUCUUUACAAGAAGAUCAGAGGCACUUUUGCGAUACAUCCGCUCGGGGGCAGGAAUCAACAAACGAGAAUAUGGGGAUUUCCCCCUGCCAAUAGCAUUAGUGGAGAACAGUGGAAGGUGCAAGGCUAAUGAACAUGGGGAGAAGAUACUUCCAGAUGGAACUCCGUGGGUUCCAAACCUGAUGAAAGAAAUUACUGUUGUCAUCUCAAACGGGAGCAAGUCCAUUCAUGUUGAUCAGAAGUUAAUUGAUGGUCCAAACCCUAACAAUCGCUGGAAGAUGUUCAUACCACUUAUCCUUGCUGUGGAGUACUUCUUGGUAGUAAAAGGAAUCCGGAGGGCGAUCCAUGCAGAUAUCGCAAACGGGAAGGUGGAUGACUGGGAGCAGCGUUACCGGGACUUGGUGGGAAGCAGGGACCCCGUAGAGCAGAAAGGUUCUACCUCCCGGAACCGCAAAGCCUAAGUUGGUGUACCAGAAAGGAUUUUAUUCAUGUUGUGACCCACUCGAUCUGCUGUUCCUUUUCCUAAUUCUGUGUUGGGGGCUUUAUAGAGUUCGCUGGUACUACUUGAAAAAGACUGCUCGUGUUGUAGUUGAUAAAAAUAUGUUUUCCAUUUUAUGAUGCUUGGCCCUCUUCGCAAUUUUGAAGAUGUUAUCGAAUACCUGCUAUUUUAUUGUCUUUAAUCUUAUAUGGCAUGGAAACAUCAAGUGUGUAAA